AUAUUAACAAAAAAGAGAGCCGGAAAAGAAAGGGGGAAGUAAACCACAGCAAUGACAUUGGAAAAGAAAACGUCUAAUAAGAAAAUCAAUCCACUACUAAUACUAUUCUAACAAACGGGCUGUUCGAGAGUUGAUGACUGAGAAAACCAUGUCACCAAAAUCAUAGCUACAGCCGGCUGUGAUAGAAUCUGGGGAGGCCGGAAUUCGGGACUUGAAGAAGUACAGAUUACUGAGAAUUUUAGUUGAAAAGUUGGAAUAUAUUCGAUUGAGAUUAAAAAAAAGUGGGAAAUCUUUAUCAGCAUCAUCAGCAGCAAAAUCACCAUAAUUUUCAGACAGUAGCAAUCAGCAUCAUCAUCAUCCAUGGGGAUAAGGAGUAAAGCAGCCCACCUUGUAUCUGAUCUUACCACUGUUCUUCUCAACCCUAUAUCUGAUAAACCCGUUAAGCCCUCUUCUGUUCCUCAUCCUGAACCUGAAACAGAGCCUGAAGGGAGUAAAGCAUAUUCAACUUCAGAUGAGGAUUCUGAAGACUCUGGUGAUGGCCCUGAUACAUCUUCUUUUACAGCAUUCCUAGUUUCCUUACUCUCAAAUCCAGAAAAUGAUAAACACCAUCCUAAGCCGGAAGUGGAGAACAUAUUUGGAGAAGAUGUAGCUGAAGCAUCCGGUGUACCAAUACUGAGAGAUAGUGGCCGGAAAAAAAGUAUCUUCUCUAAGGGUAAACAAUCCCUGACCAAAAUCUACCAUGCUACUAGAUUUGCUGGCUUCCGGAACUCGGGUGCAGUUAAAAGCAAUAUAGAUAUGGUAUUUGAUAAAGAGAAUAAUCCUAAGGUCUCUGGUGAUGAAGAAAUGUCUCAUCUAAAGUUAGAUGAGUCCUUGCCUUCGGAUGAGGUCAUUGAAACUUCGGAACCUUCUUUGCUUCUCUCAGAGAAGACUCGAAAUGUUCUUUUUGCUUCCAUGCCUGUGAUUGUUCAGGGAAGGAAAUGGAUAUUAUUAUACAGUACAUGGAGGCAUGGUAUAUCAAUUUCAACUUUGUAUAGGAGAAGCAUGCUUUGGCCUGGUCUCAGUUUACUGGUUGUAGGAGACCGCAAAGGUGCCGUAUUUGGUGGUCUUGUUGAGGCGCCCCUAAGACCGACAAACAAGAGAAGGUAUCAGGUGGGAUUGAAUACAAUCAUGGACUUAAAAUUUCUGCAUUGAACAUUUUUGUGGCCUUCAUAUGUUAACAUUUUAUUUGGAACAGGGAAGUAACAAUACUUUCGUCUUCACAAAUGUUUCUGGUGAUCCUACUAUCUUUCGUUCCACAGGUAUUCACAUAUUUUUGAGCUGACAUACUUUACACACAUCCAGAUAGUUCUGCUUAGCAAUAAUAUUUACUGCCUGCACAAUUUAGCUGUUCUAUUUCUUUUGAGCAUCACAGCACAUUAGGCGUGUUUCACCAAUUAGUGGCAUUUCGUGGAAUAUAAGAAUGUAUUUUUUACCCCAUGUAUCCGACGAGGCUUUGUUUGUUCAUUUGUUGGUGAAAUAUUGUUCUAAUUGACUGCAAAAUGAACCUUCAGUUUUAUUUGUGACUGCCAAAAACUCUUACCUGGGCUUAUAAGUUUUGGCUUUGUCCUUCUUUCAAUCAUUCUGACAUAAUCUCGGACUUAUUGUCGCAUCUAAUUUGAUUAACUUGGUUUUUACUUUUUACGCCUUGUGAAAUUUUUCUAGGUCCAUGUUACUGAUGAACUGUUCUGACGCUAAUUAAUGGUAUUAAUUUUGCUCUUCCUCUGUCCUCUAGGGGUAAACCGCUACUUCACCUUGUGCUCAACAGAAUAUUUAGCCCUGGGAGGGGGUAAUCAUUUUGCUCUUUACUUGGAUGGAGACCUGUGAGUUUCAUGAUUUGAAUAUCUGUCCUUGUCUUUAUUUCACUAAGUUUUCGCUCCAACUGUGCAUUUCAACAAGUGAAUCUCACAUACAGCUGCCUUAGAUAUGCUACCCUUUGUCUUUACCCCCCUCAAAACUUGUUACCUGAUGUUUUAUUUCCUGUUUUGAAGAUUGAGUGGAUCAAGUUCAGCUUCUGACACUUAUGGAAACAGUUGUCUGGCCCACACACAGGAUUUUGAGGUGAAGGAAGUUGAGGUAUUCCACUCUCUCUUUAUAAUCCUGGAAGAUGCAAUUGAUUGUGCCUACUCUACUAAAAACAAAAAAGCAAAAGAGAAAAAAAGAAAUUUAGAAAGUUGAAGUAUUUGCUGCUUGGGUAUCUAACUCUCCAAAAGUAACAAGGAGCAGCAAAGAUUAGGAUUUAAGCAACUGUUACACAUUCCAGAUGCGAUCAGAUUUAGAUGAAGAUAAUAUUGUAUCUGAUUUUGCAGUUAUGGGGAUUUGUAUAUGCUUCGAAGUAUGAAGAGAUGGUUGCUGCGUUGAGAACUGAAGCACCAGGAAUUAGUUCCUUGGUAAAACAAAUUACUCAGUGAUUUUGCCUGAAUUUUGAUAUUAUCGAUGAAAUCCUCAUCUUAUGUUUGAUUGAAUACUUUAACCUACCAAGUUAAACUUGGUGUGUACAUAACCGUAGAGAAAAGAUCAAAUUACUCUUUUCCUUUUGUAUAUAUCUUGUACAUAAAGAGAGACACUGGAGUUUGUGUUUUCAGCUUCCCGGCGCUCUGCUUUGUUUAUUUUUAUGGGUUGAAUUAGAAGAGCUAUUGAUGAUUUGCUCAUUGGGAUUCAGAGGAAGUCCAAAAAAAGAUGUUGAACUGUUUUGUCUUCCCUACUAUUUUUAGAAAUAAAAUUAAAUGGGUGGAAAGAGGAUAAAUACGCAAGAUGCAGAUUUUGGAGCAUAACACCACACUCCUUGAUGUGCUUAUGGACAGACUGAAAUGUACAGAUUUGGAACAAUAAUCAACUGUCCCCAUAGUUUAUACCAAGUAUAGAAGGGCACAAUUUACAUGGUUGGUGUUUAUUGUGAAACAAAUAGUAUGGCGGAUCUUGUCAAAUAUGGCGGAUCUUGUCAAAUUAGUUUAAAUGAGUAUUCCUUUUCCUUUUCCUUUAAUUACAUAAAUAUUUGAAAGGGUUACUAGUUUUGGAUUAACUGGCAUUCAUAGUAGCAAUAGAAAUUUUUAGUGUCACCUGUUAUGUAGAUGGACAAAUUUUAUAUCCUCAGCAAAUUAUAUCCCGA